CUGAUUCUCCAUAUACUACUUCCGGUGUUGAAUUUCCAGCAUGAGUUUGGCAAAGUACCACGAUAAAGUCAAAGAAAAUGACACUGUCAUACUCUAUCUUGGAUAUGAUAACAUGCAUGCUAUAAAAAUCAAAAAAGGGUCUGUUUUCCAGACAAGAUAUGGGGCCCUGAGACACAACGACAUCAUAGGAACGACAUACGGAAGCCGAGUUCAUUGCCCGAAGGGAUAUCUUUAUAUCUUGUACCCAACCCCAGAGUUGUGGACAUCAAAUUUGCCUCAUAGAACUCAGAUUCUGUACACAACGGAUAUAAGUGUGGUGUCUUUUCAGCUUGAUCUGAAACCUGGAGCAGUUGUUGUAGAAUCAGGCACGGGGAGUGCAUCUUUGUCACAUUCUAUAAUUAGAUCUAUUUUGCCUGAUGGACAUCUUUAUACAUUCGAGUUUCACAAAGAACGUGCUCAGAAAGCAGAAGAAGAAUUUAAGGACCAUGGCCUUUCAGACUAUGUAACAGUUACACACAAAGAUGUGUGCCAGUUUGGGUUUGAUUUAGAGGAUGUUGCUGAUGCUGUGUUUUUAGAUUUACCAGUUCCAUGGGAUGCUAUACCCAGUGCAAAGAAAGCAUUGAAAAAGCAAGGAGGAAGAAUCUGCUCUUUUUCUCCCUGUAUUGAACAAGUCCAAAAGUCCUGCGCAUGUUUUGCUGAAUUAGGAUUUGAAGAGAUCUCAACCAAAGAGUGUCUUGUCAGGAAUUUCGAUGUGAGAACUAUCAAUUUGCCAAAUCCAGAGUUUUCUAGAGACAAAACAAAAUCACAACCUCCAAAGAAAGGCAGUAGAUUUGACAGAGAUGACAUGGAUGCAUACAGUGAAGAGACUGCUGAAAACUCUGCACAGUGCGAUAUUGUUGAGUCAAGUGACACAAAAGAAAACAAGACAUCUGAGGUGUUGGAUACACCAGCAUGGGACUAUAUUGGCAGGAAAACAGCUGCCAACUUCUCAUUCAAAGCUGGGAUAUCAUUGGGAAGAAUGCCUGGUCAUACAGGAUAUUUGACUUUUGCAACCCUUUAUCCUUUGUAGCGAUGUCUUCAUUAAAAUCCAAAUAAAGAUCUACGACUAGAA